AUGCGCUCAUCAAGCGAUAUCGAGUUCCUCAAGCUGCUGCUCUCAGACUCGAAUUUGCCAACAGGCGGUUUCGUUGCCUCAUCUGGACUGGAGUCCUUUAUCGGCCAUGGUCAAUCGCAUGGUCAGCUCACGCACACCGCCUUGAUCGACUUCCUCCGUUUCAGUUGCGACAACACAGCCAGCACGACGUUGGCGUAUAUAAGCGGGGUGCAUAGCAUAAUACGCGACACACCCACACCCACACCCACGCGCACACAGCUCGAGCAACUGAAGCGACUUGAUGGGGUGCACGAUGCACAGAUGCUCAACCACGCCGCAAAGCGCGCGAGCAAAGCGCAGGGGAUGGCCAUCCUUACGCUGCACGCCAAGUCCUUCGGCGGCCACGACGUCAUUCGCGAUUUCCGACACGCCGUUCGGAGUGCGUCUUCCGAGGGCCAUCUGGCCAUUUGCUGGGGACUGAUGACUGCUGUGCUUGGUAUGCCCUCGCAAGACGCUCAACAUCUCCAUCUUUUCCUACACGCUAGAUCCCUCCUUAGUGCCGCUGUUAGACUUAAUGUCCUCGGUCCGUACGCUGCGCAGAAAAUCCUCCUGCAUGACGCUCGAGAUAUCGUUGAUAGCGCCUUUCACCGCUGUUGUCAUGUGCGCGUUGGUAAUCUAGAUUCGGUUGUUGGAGAUUAUGUAUAUGACACAGACGAUGCAGACGACCAUAUCGGCCCUGCUACGACUUGGCCUUUGAUCGAACUUAUUGGCAGCAGGCAUGACUUACUCCACACACGCAUUUUCAAUAGCUAG